AUGGUGGGCUCCGGGAUCCCAGCUUUGGGCCUUCUCCUGCUGAUGCAGGGCUCAGUAGAUGGGAAUGGAAUCCAGGGAUUCUUCUACCCAUGGAGCUGUGAGGGUGACGUGUGGGACAGGGAGAGCUGUGGAGGUCAGGCAGCAAUCGAGAACCCCAAUCUGUGCCUGCGCCUACGAUGUUGCUACCGUGAUGGGGUCUGCUACCACCAGCGGCCAGAUGAAAAUAUGCGGAGGAAGCACAUGUGGGCCCUGGGCUGGACCUGUGGCAGCCUCCUCUUCCUGAUCUGCAGCAUCUGCCUGUUCUGGUGGGCCAAGCGCCGGGAUAUGUUGCACCUUCCAGGUUUCUUGCUGGGUAAAUGCAACUUAUCGAGGACCGUCUCACUGCUGUCCAAAGACCAAGGGACAUCAAUGGACAAAAAGACACUGUCUGUGGGCAGCACGCCUAUGGAGGGGCAAGACAUCUUGCAGAGCACCGAAGGAGAAGCGACGGAAGGGAGCGAGGAAACAGAGGGAGAUGAUUAG